UGGUCAAUUUCCUUUAUCCCUGCAAGCUCAACUCCAACGCGCUCUCGUCCCCAUCCAAAUUCAAAAAAGCUCUGUUUGAAUCUUCUCUCUCCUGAAUUCUAGGGUUCCGAAUUUCGUUUAUUUCGGUUUCGCGAUACGAGAUUAGUUCGCUUUCAAUCCGGUAAGUGUAAAUGUCUACAUGUUAGUUCACCGAAUCGAGCCCUAGGUGUUUGUGAGGACCUACAUAGACCAUGGCGAGGCGAAGGGCCGGAAAGCUUGCUAAACCCAUUGAAGAAGAGAAGAACAAUGGCCAGAGCGACAAGGACGAGAAAGGAACUCGAAGGGAAGAUAGGGCUGAGGGUUUUCUGGAUGAAGAAGUUGAAAGGCAAAUUGCUGCAAUCAGGACAAUUCGUGAUGUAGAGGUUGAACACACUUUAACCGCUCUGCGUUUGCUCCGCUCAUAUUUUACUGAGGAACAGCUUCAGACUCCUGUAUCACAAUUCUUUGAACAAAACCUUCCCAACUUAUCCCUAGAGAAAAAUGAAGAAAAUGGGCAGAUAGAGGUGAAGCAGAAGGCAAAAGAUGGCGAAUCAUUCAUGGAUAAUGCAGAUGGACUGGACAUGCAUUAUUCUCUUUUACGGCGGCUGUCUAUGGGUUUUCCUGACUUCUAUGGCAGGUCGUCUUUCGGUGGCUAUGACUUGCCUGGCACAGUGUCACAAAGCCUGUUAGGAGCUGAUAACCCACACUUCAAGGAUCUUGUUUCUCUUGGGCCUUCUGAGAGCCAGAUAUAUGCAAGCCACGAUGCUCUACGGACUCCAGGGGUAAGCACGCAAAGGCUUUCUAUUGGAAUGACACCCAAAUCCCGGAGGCCACCGAAACCUGGGGAGAUGCUUCUUUCUGUGCAUGGUUCACCUCUCGGCGUCUACAAAGAGGAUAACGAUAUGGGAGCUAUAAAAGAGGAAGACAGUUGAAGAAGGGGGGCUUCAAGGGUUGAAAAACACUUUCAGGUUGUAAGUUGGCAAUGUUGUAUAAAUGGAUGUGUUUUUGCAGAGGCAUGCUGCUUUACUCUGUUCAAACCUUUUAUUUAGAUUUGCUUUACAUACUCUUGUCUCUGUGUUAGAUUUGCUCCGCCCUUUUCAGCUUCUGUAACUCCUCAGCAUGACAAGUAUCUGUUCUGUUAUGUUCUUCCCUGCAUUCUGUUGUAACUCAUGUUUCAGGACAUACAAAGAAAUGAAGGUUUCUGAUUAACAAA